GCAAGAGUCGACUGCAUGAAGAUGCUCUGGCAGAGGAACUACCUUGCCUUGGGGCUGCUCGGCUGCGUCCUCUUGCUGUCGGCGACCACCGCGGACAACAGCGUGCAUGUACUGUCGAAAUACGCUCACCAGCCGCUCACCUCGACCACGCUCAGGUGGCUACCGGUGGCGCACUACGACGAAUCGAGGGAAAUAGUCAUCGGCGGCUUCGAGAACGUGACAGACAGUAAAGACGAGACUUCUGCGAAUCAAGCGGAGAAGCCGAAAGCAAGGAGGCGGCUCUACGUGUGCCGCGCGAUACACAGUAGCAUAUGGGUGGCCGGCACGCAGAAGGACAAGGAGAAGGUCUGCACGGUGACGAUACACGGCGUCGUGCACUCGUACGAGAAGUAUGAGUUGCUGGAAAACAUCGAUGGAGCCGCGCGAAUCGCCUGGGUCUACUGGGACAAGUAUAUGCAGCCCUUACUGGGCGCAGUGUACGUCGACACGAAGAUGUUGGUCGCCCGAUAUGUUCCCGAGAACAAGAAAGAGUCACGAUACACCCAUUACAUCGGUACGCUCAGCCUGAGCGGCAAUUUUGGCAGCAUCAUCUACGUGAAUGAGAACGGCGAAGAGGGGUCCGAGAGGAUCGGCGAGCUGCUGGUAGAAACUGAGCCGAUCCGUUACGAGCUGAGCGCCGUUAAACUCAACUGGCCUAAGAAGCGCGAUAUUAAACGCAUACCUAGCGUACUCAGCGAGGUGACGAUCACCAACCGCGGUACGCAACCGGCGAACCUGGCCGAGGCUUGCACGUACGCGUACAAGUACUUGGUCUACUGGGGUCGCAGACACGCCAUCUUGAACGGGCUGAGCACGACGAUCACCCUCGCCAACGGCACGUCCUUGCCGAACAUAACGUGGGGCACGCGCGACGUGGAGAACCGCACGGAGGCUUAUAACGUGCUAUACUACCUGAAACCGGGCACAGCCGUGAACGUGACUCUGAGGGCCAACUACACGGAGAUGGAGGUGCCGUACACCGCAAAGCUGAUUUCGCACUACGAGGACGGUAUGACGACGUCGCGCGUGAUCAGCGGUACCCGACUGGAGGAGACGAUGGUCGAUAUUACACCGGAAUACGGGCCCGUGUACUUCCUGAGCAAUUACAGCCUAGUGCCAACCACGACGCCGCCGCCGACCACGGAACCACCGACCACGACGACGACGACGACCAUGAUGACGACGACGACGACGAUGACGACGAAACAGUCUCAGGAGACCGGCAGAACGACACACCGGCACCGGCAGAUGGACGACGCCGCGGAUCACGACGAGAACCUGAUCAUACCGAAGAAGACCGACAUAUCGACGAGUAUGCAGAGCGACGACGGCGGUCCGCUCUCGCUCAAGAACAAGGUAGAGGCGACGUACAACGGCGGCGCCGCGCUCACGUCGAGCCUGACGCUCGUUGUCCCGCUGCUGUUGGUUCUCCAUAGAAUCACGUGAAGACCCGAACAUGCGCCUGUCGCCGCUCCUAACGUUAAUUCCUAACUCCCGCAAUAGUAAUAUAAAAAUAUAACCCAGUAGAGACAACCAUACACACACACACACACCACCGUACCGAAAACGAGAAAAAAAAGAUUUAAAAAAAAGAACAAAAAAACGAGCAAAAAGAAAAGAAAGAAAAAUACGUGAGAGAAAAAUUGCUGUAAUUUCGUACGUAGCGAUUACCGCGCGAAUGACCUCCUUGUUUAAACGCACCGCUGGACCGCGAUGGCACCACGGUGCUGAUAUAAUGCUUGCCUUUAAAACAGAGAAACUCUAUAUAUAAUAUAUAUAUAUGAUACAAAUAUCUAUAUUAUUAUACAUACACACGUCUUAGGGUAGCGAAGAGGAAGAAAGAUAAGUAUCUUUGCGAUUGAAAUAAUGAGCUAGUCUCACGAAGACACGUUAAGUACAAGCGAAAAGGGUGGCCGUGGAAGGGAGAAGGGGCAGCGAUGUGCGUGGGUGGGUUAACUUGCUCGCGAGACGUUAACGUUCACCCGUACUGUAUCGUCGAACAGCCGACCGUGUAACUAUGACAUUCCGUCUUUUUCUAAUCCCGCUGUGAACCGACUUUCCAGCUAUAAUAAUAUAUGUCUUAUGCCUUCGUAACGUGUAAGUUCUCCUCUAGAUCCUUUAGGAGGAUUUAGUCGCUUCAAGAGAUGACGGUAGAUGUUCUUUUAAGGGGUUGCGUCCGGGGGAGAGAGAGAGAGAUAUAUAUAGAGAGCUACAAUCGCCGCGAAUUACGUUGGAUAAGAUAGUGGCGUACACGUCGAGCUAAGAGGGACGAGUAGAGAUUAAGCGAGCGAGGUAGAAAAAAACAAAAGGACAGGAGGAAAGAAAAGACAGAUGCGCGAGAUACGCGAAUUAAUUCAGCCACGAUAUAUUUUUGAGAUUACCGUAUAAUUUUAGAAGAUUGUAAAAUUUAUAAGGGUAGCAAGUAAGAGAAAUCUAUAGAGCGUAGGUGUGGAUGGGUACAUGUUUUCGCGGUAUACUAAUCCGGAAACUGCACUUCAGCGGUGGAACGAUCGGCGCAUGAUCGCGUUACGAUCAAACGUUGAACGGCAAUGUACGGUUAGCGCGCGGUUAGUUAAGCGCGCAUACGGAGGAUUAUUUUUGCAAUGCGCGAUUUUUUCCUUUUUCAGUUUUUCAAGCAGAGAGUUCGAUAAACGAUCGCUGCGUACCCAUCUGUUGCCACUGUAAAGUGAUAGGACUUACAGAUUUCCUUAGAGUACUGUUGAGAGGCAGAGAUCGUAACGACGGAAUUACGGGGAACCAUUGGUAUACGGGUAUAUUACGGGAUUAUCGGGAUGACGUCUCACGGGAAGAAAAUCGUUUCUGUUCACACACGAAAGACUACUAAGCGACGAAAUGGUCAUUUUUUCAUACACGAGAUUGCGUUGUCAGCAUUUUUACCGAAGAAGUAUCUCUAUAUGUAUAUACGUAAUACGUAUCUCUAUGAUCUUGAUAGUUGUAAUUGUGUAGUAAGCUUAUUUAUAUAUAUAUUAUAUAUAUAUAUAUAUAUAAAACAUGAUUUAUAAAUAUUUUCUCUAUCGAUAGUAGCGCGGUUACGAGUACAAUUCUUAUAUUUUACUAUUAACUGGCGAUGAAACCGUAGGAUUAGAGCGAAAGCACUCAUCUCGGACUAAAGCGAGCGUGUCUGUAACGACGUAAUCGUUUAUCGACGUAAGCCUAAUCACGCCUGUUGUGAUAUCCAAUGAGAUCUUACGUAGACAGGAAUCGAAAAGAAGAGAGCAUUCUGUUGAAUAACAAUUCGUUAAUUACGAGAGAAAGCAAUAAUUCUUUGGUAGAGACUUUCGUGUAUCAGAGAUCGGAGGGAAAGAAAGAGAGAACGAUGGAGAGAAGAAACAAAUAAAACUUAUUAAUAUCUAUGUACGGACGAUAUUUCUUCGAUAUUACGAGUAAGCUGACGGAACGAGCGCGGCGUAAGAGUUGUAUCGUGCGAGUUGCGUAAAUUCAAGAUUGAAGACGGAAACUAAAGCUUUAUAUAUACGACCCGGGUUCGUAAACCAUUCUCAGUGAUCGCUUCUUGACAAUUCAUCCUGUAUGCCCGUAGACAGACAGUAAAUGUCCUGAAGAAACUAGCUAUCGACCUCAAACAAAGCCAAGAACUGUUCUAAAAAUAUCUGUAGUCGACACAGAUGUAUUAUUUGUGAAUACGCUGCUGUAUUGUACAUUAUCAUGUAAAUAUAAAAUGCUCUAUGUACAUACAAA